AUGCCAUCAAUCCCUACAUUAGCUGAUGUGUGUAUGGUACCUCUCGGUACCGGAUCUCCAAGUGUUUCUGACUUUGUCACUAAGAUCGAAAAGAAGAUCAGAGAAUCUCCAUUGAAAAGCACUCUACACAGUGCAGGCACUACUAUUGAGGGUCCAUGGGAUGAUGUUAUGAAAUUGAUCGGUGAACUUCAUGAAUAUAGUCAUGAAUUAGGGUACGUUAGGGUUCAUACUGAUAUCAGGGUUGGAACCCGUACCGAUAAAGUCCAAACUGCAGAAGACAAGGUCAAUGCUGUUCUGUCCAAGUUGGAUCAAUGA